AUGGCAGAGGUAUUCCUUCCGAAACAAGCACAUAGAGAAGCGCCAACGUAUGAGCGCAUCGUGCUGAAAGACAAUCACCUCGACUAUCCCUUUUGGGUCAAUUAUGACGGAAUUAUCAUACUUGAGACAUUCUCGCCGCUUUUCAAAGCGGCAACAGACUUUCUCAUCGCUAUAUCUGAGCCUAUAUCAAGACCAAAGCACAUUCAUGAAUACAAAAUAACAUCUUACUCGCUGUACGCAGCUGCAUCAGUAGGUCUUAACACGGAUGAUAUUCUUUUCUCGCUUGACCGGCUCUCAAAAAAUGUGAUUCCUAAGUGCAUAAGAAAAUUUAUAAUCGCUUGUACGCUGUCGUACGGUAAGCUAAAACUGAUUUUACGUGAAUCGAAAUACUUCAUUGAGAUUUUGAACGAAGAUGUGCUUAAGACCGUGCUUAAAGAUUCGCAAAUAUCGACCGCGUUGAUUCAACAGGAAGUUGUUUCUGCCGAUGAUAUGUCCGAAAACACGGCAUCGCUGACAUAUGAGAUCCGACCGGAACAUCUGGAAUGCUUGAAGAAGAGGUGCAUCGAAAUUGAUUUUCCGCUGAUUGAAGAAUACGACUUCAGAAAUGAUAAAAAGCUCAAAGAAAUUGACAUGGAACUGAAGAACAAUAUAGUAAUAAGGACGUAUCAGGAGAUAAGUCUCAACAAAAUGUUUGGAAACGGUCGAGGCAGAAGUGGAAUAAUCGUGUUGCCAUGCGGGAGCGGCAAGACCCUGGUGGGCAUCACAGCAAUUUGCACAAUUAAAAAACCGACAUUAGUGCUCUGCACGAGCGCUGUCUCGGUGGAACAAUGGAAAGCACAGAUAAAGCAAUUUACGAACGUGAAGGACGACGAUAUUGCGUGUUUUACCAGCGAGCGAAAGGAUGUAUGUGACUCUGUGAUUGUAUCAACGUAUACGAUGCUAUGCUUUUCAGGAAAACGGUCAUACGAGGCACAAAAGGCGAUGGAUCACAUAAAAAAUACAGAAUGGGGAUUGCUCAUUCUUGAUGAGGUGCAUGUGGUUCCCGCUCAGAUGUUCAGAAAAGUCCUCGGUUUGGUGUCUCAUCACUGUAAGCUGGGGCUAACGGCUACAUUGUUACGUGAGGAUGACAAAAUUGAGGAUCUCAAUUUUCUCAUCGGGCCCAAGCUCUACGAGGCAGAUUGGCAGUAUCUGAGCAUGCAGGGGCACAUCGCCACAGUCUCAUGUUUUGAGGUUUGGUGCUCCAUGACAAAUCAUUUCUACUCUGCGUAUCUUCGGCAGAACACGAGAAAGCGCAGGGUUAUCGCCAUAAUGAAUCCUAUCAAGUUCCAAACCACACAGUACCUGAUAAACAUGCACGAGAAGCGAGGGGACAAAAUUAUAGUGUUUUCAGAUAAUGUACACGCGCUUAAGAGCUAUGCACUGAAGCUGGGUAAGCCUUACAUUUACGGUCCCACAGGACAACAGGAAAGAAUGAAGAUUCUCAAGCAGUUCCAGACCAAUCCCAUGAUUAACACGCUUUUUCUUUCUAAAGUGGGUGACACCUCGAUUGAUCUGCCUGAAGCAACAUGUUUAAUACAGAUCAGCAGCCAUUUUGGCAGUCGAAGACAGGAAGCACAGCGGCUUGGCCGCAUUCUCCGCGCGAAACGAAGAAAUGAUCCUGGCUUCAAGGUGUAUUUCUACUCGUUAGUCUCGAAAGACACAGACGAAAUGUACUACUCCACAAAAAGACAGCAGUAUCUGAUCGACCAGGGAUACACCUUCAAAGUCUUUGACGACAUGAAAAUGGAUAAUUUUGAUAAUCGAGUGUUUAAAACAAAGGAGGAGCAGAAAGAAUUGCUUGCAAGUAUUUUACUGGCCUCUGAGAAGGAAUUGGAGAGCGAAGAUGUUGAAGAAACUGUUGUGAAUCAGAAAAGCCUGAAAAGCGUAAGUAACGUGGAGGGCGUAGCAUAUGUAGAAAAGAAGAAAAAAAUUACCAGACAAAUAUUUGGAAAGAAGAAACAUUAAAAAUGUACUGUGUCAUGAUUUUCAUCCGUGCAUGACAUGCGUACUAUGCUUCUCAAUGAACUUUCUUUCACAGUGUGUUCGUUGAUAAACCGUAGGGACUCCGUAAACAAUUGAAUAAAGUUUAGGAGAACUACCGAAUUACCAAAAGCUUUUUCCCUCAAUGUCACGGUGCAGUCGUUUAAUUAUCCUAGUUUUUUAUAAAUUGUCAUUUAUCUUGCAAAUAACGUAUAAUUAGACUGUUCCAGUGUAGAGCAGCCAAGUGAAAAGUAAUAGGCAAUAAUA